AUGCCCUACUCGUCAUCAUGCCUUUCAUUUCUUUUCUGCAAGAACAAUAAAAAAAGAUCUAGCAAAAAAAGCUCAAGAUCAACCAUAAAUAUUUCUUCUUUUCAAGAAUUUAUAUCACAUAAGGCGAAUUCUUCAACACAGACACCUUCAUCUGGUGACAUCGAGUUUAAACAAACCUCACCUUUACAAAAAUUGCAUCUGCAGCAUUAG